ACACAAAAGUCGGUAAAAACUGGCAUGAAAAACAUUCAAAAAUGCGGUAUUUUCAACCAUUCUGCGUUUUCACGUGGCUGGAAUUCUUGUUGCUUUCGCUAUCAUAAUUGCGUUUCAGGCAAGCAAAAUGGCGGUUUCGUUGAUUAAUGCUUUACUGGUGGUGUGCCUCCUGGUUGUUCCUUUCGUGACCUGUGUGGGACGGAAUGGACGUCUUCAGCUGCAAAAUAGCCGAGCGCGGUCUGCGGUGGCAGUCCGUUCCAAUCCGACGUUGGAUAUCCGCGUAAUGCAUUAUUACUACGACGGUGACUGCGAUCCCUGGAUUACCAUUAUCGCCGCUAAAUGCGAGCCGCGUUUCACCAUCACCUACAGCUGGAUCAACACCGCGGGCGUGACACAAACCCGAUCCCAGACACAUAACGGCGGUGACGAUGUGGCCGAGGUCAACUUCCCCGCCAGCAUCCGUCUCACUGAGCCCGCCCAGAGCGGCAGCACCGCCACCGUCUUGAUUGCCGUGGUCGAUGAAGAUGUCAGCAGCGACGAUCUCAUCGGCAACUUCUUCUUCGACUUCGACAUCCCGGAAGAACCCGGCAACUAUAUCCCGACCACGGUGACCAAGCAUCUGGCCAAUGGUGCACAAAUGUCCGUUGAGUUUAGCGUUCGAUAUUGAAAACCUUAACCAGCUUAACCAUCUCGGAACAUCGAUUUCAUUAUGUAUCAUGUUCGGCAUUUUUAUAUUAUUGCAUUAUCAUUGACGUUUUUGCUUGUAUCAAACUCUUAUAAAAAUAUUAAUAAUAUCAUGAUCCUCUGUGGAAUAAUAAUGCGGCUGUUGACGG